UUAAAAUACUUUGGAUAAAUACAUUUGACUGACUUCAAUUUAGUUCAUAAAUUUAUAAGUUCUGCAAGCUUGCUGGCAGUAAACCAUGAUUUUUUGCAAGACAUUUGAUCUUGUUCUUAUAAUCGUCCUUUUGAAUCAAUUGUCGUUUGCAGUUGAAUCAAAAAAGCUAUUGAAUGACGUCGAUGGUAAUGCUCGAGAUCUAAAACUUCAAGAUGACUACUUUCCCAACAGUUUCUACAUGCACGAAAUUCUACAAGAUAUUCAGCGUCGUCCAGGUUAUCAAGAUGAGCUGAAUGAUGAGGAAGUGAACAGUAAACCGUUAAGAAAGACACAAGGCAUUAUCCGGGUAGGAACGCAUCGCAAGUCUACAAACUCUGUGUCCGAUGAUAGAACCAAAUAUCCUGGUAAAAUCAUCGCAUCAUCAAUGGCACUAAAGCCAUCAUUGAAAAAUAUAUCAGAUGAAAAUGACACGAAGCUAUCCAAACGAGGAUUGUUUCCAAAAAAGCCUGGCAAGAAACUUUUGAAAAAGGUCUGUAAAUAUGUAAAAACACGAAAAGAACCCAAACCUGUCGCAGUAAAGCUCCAAAAGAAUGUUGAAUAUAAUGGCUGGGAUGGACUAAGAAAAAAAUUGGCACAACCAUGUCUCGUCUAUCCUGACUGUGACAAAAAACUUGGUCAACUUAAAGACAUGAAAGAUCUUUUUAUAUUUUUUGUUGUGACUAUUUUGGCUCUUGCAAGCAGCCACGUCAUCAACACCGAUGAACAGCUGCCAAUUUUUGAAGCUUCAGAUUCCACAAACAUAACAGCAGCUAACAUUGCAUGCACAAUUAACAUUAACACACAAGCUGGAUCUCCACAGCCUGUUUAUAUCCGUCCUGGCACAAAUCAGUUCUUUCAUCCAGCAAAUCGCAAUGGAGAGAUUCAAAUGACUGCAAAUCAAGCUAUUGAGCUUUGGUGCUCAGGUAAUUGGGCAAGUCCAGCAGGUGCACCAAAUUUAAUCACUGCUACAUGCGUCAGUGGACAGACAUUCCAAUAUAAUGAAUAUACUCUCAAUUUCAAUGAAUUCCGAUGCACUCAAUUUCCACGAUGGACAGCACGAAGAACAACUACAGGCUGCUUUAAUGGUGGAAUUUUGGUUGAUUUUGGAUUUCAAGUUACCACAAGAUGGCUUCAUGUCUACACAGUUUGUCAUGAUUUGGUGCUUGAGACUAAUUGGUUCUCGAAAUAUCAGCUGACACCAAUUUCGGAUGCAAAUCAGAGAAAUGUUAAUCGUCCAGACUGGUCACAAGCUGGAUUCUUUACAGCAAACAAUGUUGACCAACUUUAUGGGAGAGAAAGGCAAAGGGAGACAAUUGCAAUCAUAUUAGAAGAUCAAGCAGCUGCUGAUCGUUUUAUUGAGCAAACUGGUGAAGUGUACUUAGCCAGAGGACAUAUGGCAGCCUUUACUGACUUCAUAUUUGCCACAGAACAGCGAGCGACAAUGCAUUUCCUUAAUGUCGCACCACAAUGGCAGACAUUCAAUAAUGGCAAUUGGGUAGCAGUGGAAUCAUCAACAAGACGGUUUGCAGGGGAUCGUGGACUGACUUUGGAUGUUUAUACAGGAACUUGGGGCAAUGGACAAUUGUGGAAUACAGCAGGAAGUUGGAGAAAUAUUUUCUUGGACUGGCCAGCUCAAAGAAUUCCAAUGCCAAUGAUUUAUUAUAAAGUUCUAAUCCACCAAAAGACAUUAAGUGGAGUUGUGCUGAUUGGCGUCAAUAAUCCACAUUUAACAUUGACUGACAUCCAAACUCGUGGAUAUAUUGUCUGUCCUGAUGUCAGCAAUCAAAUUAAUUACAUAUCUUGGAACACGACUAACAUAAGACGAGGAUACUCCAGCCACGUCAUCAACUCUAAUGAAUUGCCACCAAUUUUUGAGGAUUUCGACUCAACAAACAUAACAGAAGCUAACAUUGCAUGCACAAUUGAAAUCAGCACUCAAACUGGAUCUCCACAGCCUGUUUACAUCCGUCCUGGCACAAAUCAGUUCUUUCAUCCAGCAAAUCGCAAUGGACAGAUUCAAAUGACUGCAAAUGAGGCUAUGGAAAUGUGGUGCUCGGGUACAUGGGCAAGUCCAGCAGGUGCACCAAAUUUAAUCACAGCUACAUGCGUCAGUGGACAGACAUUCCAAUAUAAUGGAAUUAAUUUCAACUUUAAUGACUUCCGAUGUACUGGAUGGCCAUGGUGGACAUCUCGAAAUACAGGAGAUAAAUGUUAUGGCAAUGGAGUUCUUGUGGACUUUGGAUUUCAAGUUGAUAGUCGAUGGCUUCAUGUUUACACAUCAUGUCAUGACUUGGAUCUGGAAACAACUUGGUUUGUGAAGCAUAAGUUCACACCAAUUUCUGAUGGCAAUCAGAGAAGUGUCACACGUCCAUCCUGGACACAAUCUGGAUUCUUUACAUCAAGUAAUGUCAAUGGACUGUACACAAGACUUACACAAACAGCAACAGUAGCAACAAUUUUGGAAGAUCAAGCAGCUGCAAAUCGUUUUAUUGAAGCAGAUCCAAGUGAAGUUUUCCUUUCUCGAGGCCACAUUGCAGCCAUGACUGACUUUAUCUUUGCCACUGAGCAACGUGCAACCUUUCAUUUCCUUAAUGCAGCUCCACAAUGGCAAACAUUUAAUGGCUAUAAUUGGGUUUCAGUUGAAAUAUCUUCAAGGAUCUUAGCAAGUGAUCGUGGAAUUAAUUUGGAUGUCUAUUCAGGAACUUGGGGUAAUGGACAGUUGUGGAACACAGCAGGAAGUUGGAGAAAUAUUUUCUUGGACUGGCCAGCUGGAAAGAUACAAAUGCCAAUGAUUUAUUAUAAGCUUUUAAUCCAUCAAGAGACAUUAAGUGGUGUUGUGUUGAUUGGUGUCAACAACCCACACUUAUCCCUCGCUGAAAUUCAAAAUCUUGGAUACAUCAUCUGCCCAGAUGUAAGUGAUCAAAUCACAUAUGUGUCCUGGACUAAGGGCGACUUGAGACGAGGAUAUUCAUAUGCAUGUGAAAUUCACGAGUUUGUCAGAAUUGUGCAUCAUAUUCCUGAAAUUGAAAAUAUUAGAUAUCAAUUGCUUGUGUAGAGCAUUUGUGGAAUUUUUAAUAAAAUUAAGUUCAUCUGGUUAAGUA